UCGUAAACCUGCCGGAUCAAUCUUCUUCCGUUGUGUUCGCACAAGUGUUGGUGUUAGAAAUGUGAAGUUCCAAAUUAGGUGUGAUGUCAACUUGAGAACUGUCAACUUUUGUUUGCUGUAGACAAACAUUGCAAGUAGGAGGUGCAAAGCGACUUGUCCUCUUCUGCCUUGACUGUGGAUCUCAUAAUGGGAUUAUCUAUUCUCAGUACGGCACAGAGCGAGUCCAUACGCGAAACAGCCUCCAUAAAAUAGCUAUGGGCUAGAGCUAAGGAUUUGCAUUCAACUGAGUGAGAAAAUGGAGCAGUUUGAGAUGGCCUCCGUCCAUGCAAUCGAGCGCCCUCAGAGGCUCCAUUGUCUUUCAGCUGGAUGUGGCGACCAAUGGCUGCCAGGCACCUUUUCAUAAUGACGACGAUAGCGAUUCAGAAAGCAGUCGGGAGGAGCCACCACCAAGUAACUGGAACGAGCUGUCCAUCAUAGAUCGAGUGGGCCUCAACAGUGGGGAGAUGUCAGAGACGGAUUUGGAAAAGAACUUCGUUCAGAUCGCCUUGGCCUUCCGCUGCGACCAGUACACCCUGAAACAGAGGCUCCAGGCGGACGAGCAUGCCCGCAACCUGGCUGAGGAGAACGUCCUGCUGGAGCUGUCCAGAGGCAGAGAGACGCUGGAGGUUCUAAAGGGCUUGUGUCUGGACAGCAAGCGCAGUAAAAUCCUGCAGAGGCUGGAGUUGUCGUUAGACAUCCUCACUGGCACGGUUGAACGUAUCUCCAACACGGCCGAGGUUCUUGGAGCGGUGCACCAGGAGGCUCGUGUGAUUCGGGCAGUGGAGCUGAUGGUGGCUCACGUGGAGAAUGUGAGGAGGCGACUGGAGCGACAUGAGGCGGUGUUGGAGGAGGCCAAGAAGAUGAUCCAGCAGCAGAACUCCUGCAGGAGCAUCGAUGACACUGGAGCUCCUCUUGGUCUCUCAUCGUUUCUCUUGACGUUUUUGUUUGCUUUUCCUGUGUUUGAUUUGUCCGGAUUUGUUUCACCCCUAGAUCUGGAUGAAAGUGACAGCUGGAAGAAAAGCUUUCAACAGAAUGGCAGUCGCCGCAGAGUCAGCAUGUCACUGAUUCCAAGUGACAUCCAGCCUUUCCAGAAGGCAAAGCGCGAGUCCAAGAAGCGGGCCGCUCGUGAGGAAGCUGACCCGAGCCAUAAAUUGUUCCCCGCCUGCUCAUCUCCCUGCUUGAGCUCGGCAUCCAGCUGCAGCGCCAUCAACAAGGACGACAGCUGCUCGGUGGAUGGCAGGCCAUUUGAUCUCGACGAAGUGUCUGCGCCUGCGCCUCAGUGGGGGCCACCUCCCCAGCCGUCUCCCAUCCCAGAGUGCUCUGUCCCGUGCAAAGCAACUGCUGGUGGAAAGGUGCCGCACAAGAGUUGCGCGCCGGACAAAAGGCAGAGGUACAAGAGCAAAGCUUCAUUGGCAAAGAAAAAGGCUGACAAGGAGAAGAAAAAGUCCAACAUCUGCCAGCGGAUUUCUGUAGAUGGCUCGUCCUGCAGACAGCGCCGUCAAGCCUGCCGCCGCUCACUGCUUCUCUGUGUUUUUGUGUUUCUCUCCUUCAUCACCUGGAUGUUUCUCUUUGUGUAAGAUUUUUUUUGUGUAAAAGAAGAGAGGAAAUGUACUUUUUACAAUAAAUACCUAAAUAGUUGGCUCUUUGGAAUUCCUGCCCACCCAUUGCAGUAUGUGUCAAAUUAAAUGGUAAAAAAAAAACGGUCUUGUGUUCGCUGCCUGUUUGUGUCUUGUAAGGCGCUUAUAAAUAAAAUGUAUUAUUAUUAUUAUUAUCAAACGUGGGAUGUGUCAAGGGUUGACUCCACGAGGAAAACACAAACAGUGCUUCACUUUUGGGAUGCUCACUUUUCCUCGAGGCAGUUUGAGAACAAGUAACAGUGGCGUGGCGCCAUGCGGCUCCGUUGGCGCCACACAGAACCGCCUCCCCAACACCGGGUGAUUUCAAGUGGAAUGAUCCAAUACAUGACCCUUUCUGUGAUUUGACCAAAGACUGUCACAGACCUUUCAUAAAGAAUGUGGUGAUUUUUAAUUUUUUUUUUUUUUUAAACACGGCGGCCCGGUGAUGCAGUGGUUAGUGCGUCGACCUCACUGUGCAGAGGUACCGUGUUUGAUUCCAGCUCCGGCCUCUGGUAUAUCAAGAUAUUUUGUGAUGUUUUCUUUAAUCAAUGUAUUGCUUCUCAGUGAAAAAACUGCUUUGAGAUGAUUACAUGACUUGGUGACUUGCUUGCCUAAGCAAUUCCAGAGAUGGACUCUGGAGCCUGCUUUGACGACUUCAUAGUCUGCUUUGUUUGAAUUGUCAAAACUUGAUUGAGAUCAAUGCCACUUGAUUACACAACAAACAGUGUGGCGUAGGGAGGGAUGAGAAUGGCCACUCACCUCUCCCGAUGCACACACUUUAGAGGAUAAAAGGAGGGGAGCGAUGCUCCUCAGCAGAGUCCGCUGUGGGUCAAAGUACGAGACGCCCAGCUCGUAUUGAAGCUCACUCUGCUGAGGGUGUUGGCUCUCCACCCUACUGGCACACGGUAAGAGUUCUUUAGCUUCAUACAACUUGUUUGAACUGUGUUAUCAUUUCUGUGUGGGACCAAUAAAGUGCCUAUUGUUGGUAGCCAGAAGUGUCUUGUCGUUAUUUCUGAGUGCCUAUCU